GGGCUAUUCAUGGAGUUUCUUGUCCUUUCAUUCCUGCUGCAGUUUAUUAACACUCCCGACGCUCUCCCCCUGGACACGGAAUACAGUGAGGUUGUGUGAAUUGCAGCGGGACUGAAAAACCAGGCAGGUAACUGGAAUGCGGUUAGAUUAGAUGUGUCCGUGCCUGUAUUCUGGCCUCACGGCACUGAAGUCCGGAGUGGCACCAGGAAUGACUAUGGCCCAUCAUUCCGAAGUGGAGCGGAUUUAGUUGCUGAGCUAGCCGGCUGCCUGCUGCAGUACCGCAGUGGUGCUGCACCCCCCACCCCGGGAGGAAUUGCCGAGAAGACCCGGCGGGCCCCGCUGAGCAAACUCAGCUGGUGUGCCGGUUAUCCUCACUGCCGGGACCUGCAGUGCUAUUGCUAUGUCCCUGCCGGGAAGCAGACGGUCCUCCACUGGCUCUCGAAGCCGGGGGUUUUGUGGAAGGAGUGGCUUGGCCUCGUUCUUUAAGUCUGCAGCCCCCCCUGCCACUCCGACUGAGAACCAGCCUCUUCUCCCUGCCUCCAGGCGCCCCUCUCCCCCCGUCAGCAUGCGGGACACCUACGGCACCUCGUCGCUGAGCAGCAGCAGCAACUCGGGCUCCUGCAAGGGCAGCGACAGCAGCCCCACCCCAAGGCGGCCCAUCAAGUACAGUCUGUGCAGCGAUAACCAUGGGAUAAAGCCGCCCACCCCUGAGCAGUACCUGACCCCCCUCCAGCAGAAGGAGGUCUGCAUUAGACACCUGAAGGCCCGGCUGAAGGACACCCAGGAGAGACUCCAGGACAGGGAUACUGAGAUUGAGGAUCUGAAGACCCAGCUCUCGAGGAUGCAGGAGGACUGGAUCGAGGAAGAGUGCCAUCGUGUGGAGGCCCAGCUGGCACUCAAGGAGGCCCGGAAAGAGAUCAAACAGCUGAAGCAAGUGAUUGACACCGUGAAGAACAACUUGAUGGAGAAGGACAAAGGCCUUCAGAAAUAUUUUGUGGACAUCAACAUCCAGAAUAAGAAGCUGGAGACUCUGCUGCACAGCAUGGAGAUAGCUCAGGAUGGGGCUGUGAAGGAGGAAGGGGCUGGGGAGUCGGCGGGGGGCUCUCCAGCCCGGUCACUCACCCGCAGCUCCACCUACACCAAGCUGAGUGACCAGGCAGCAGGGGACAGGAACGCUGGGGACUCACAGACCCUGUCAGCUGAGGAGGUGGCGGACAGCGGCUUUGUGGCUGCAGAUGACUCGCUAAGCCGGACGGACUUGCUGGAGCAGAGCAGCCUGCUCUCAUCAGGGGUAGAGUUCUGCACUGAGGAGGGGUCUCUACAGAGCUCCUUCACGCUGGGCUCCAGACUUCCCACCAGCUCCACCUAUGAGAAACUGAUGGGUACGCAAGGCAGCGUGGAGGCUGGAGUGCAGGCAAGCUGCAUGCAGGAGCAGGCCAUCCAGACUGACUUCGUGCAUUACCAGCCAGACCUGGACACUAUCCUGGAAAAGGUCAUGAAGACCCAGGCUUGCAGCCUGGGCAGCCCCACUUCAGUGUGGGUGUCCGAAAUGGAAGACAUCGUGCCCAGCUCUGAGACUCAGGCCCAGAACUUCUCCGGGACCACGGACUGGAUGGCGACUGAACCCAACUCUGUGGUGGUGGUGACUGCAGGAGAUGGGCCAGAGACUCCGGAGGGGCAAGAGGGCUGCCCAGGACUGGUGACCAACAACCCUGCCGUGCACCAGCCCUCUAGCACUAGCCAGUCGGUGAGCGUCAUUUGCACCCUGGAGGAGGACGCUGCUGAGCUGAGCCAGGAGGCCACGGUACCGAAAAGCUACUGGAGCCGCCAUUUCAUUGUGGAUCUCUUGGCCGUGGUGGUGCCGGUGGUGCCCACGGUAGCCUGGCUGUGCCGUACUCAGCGGAGGCAGGGCCAGCCCAUAUACAAUAUCAGCUCGCUGCUCCGUGGGUGCUGCACGGUCGCUCUGCACUCCUUACGGAAGAUCAACUGUCGCUCUGUUAGCAACAUGGGAGGUAGCGGCGGCAGCUCCCAGCCAUAACUCUCCUCUUCCAGCAACCAAACACAUUGCACAUGCUUCAAGGUCCGACGUUGUGAAACGAUCAGAAUUUAUCUGACCACUGAUUGUAAAUUCCAGACACACAAAACGUUUGUUUUAUUUAUUUGAAGUACAUGGGCAGCCUGACAUCCUCUGAUCUGCUGCAGCUAGAAUAUGCAAUUCCAGGGGGCUUGCCAGGGGCCUGAGGAAAAUGAGCUUCUGGGUUUGCUUUGGCUUCUGAGAUGUUUGAGGAAUAAAAACGGCCAAUCCUGGAAGAGCAGAGUUGGGGGAGGCACCCCAGCCUCCAGGCUGAAGGACACUCGCCCAGCAGGUGAUGUAGCUGAUGGAUUUUGCACUGUCCGCAAGUGAAGUCUGGGUAGCACAGAUGUGUACGUGCAGGGUGCGUCUACACAGCGCAGCCCCCUGCGGCAGCAAGUCUCAGGGCCCGGGUCAGCGGACUCAGGCUCACGCUGUAGGGCUACGAAUUGCAGUGUCGACGUUCUCGCUCAGGCUCUGAGGCCCUCUCCUCACCCGGUAUCGGAGCCCCCAACAUCUACACUGGCUGUUUUGAACCUGCUGCAGAAGCCUGAGUCAGUUAACCUUGUACUCUGAGACUUGCUGCCAUGGGACUCUUUUUGCGGUGUAGACGGACCCAGGGUCACUUCAUCUAGGGAGACAGAGCAUUGCAAGCCCUUCCCUGGACUGAUGGAUCCCCUCCACCCCACCCUGCCUCCCCUCACUAGUCCACUUCUGUUGUUCCCUCUGGCCAUGGCAGGGUCAUUUGAAAGGCUGACUGCCCAACUGGCCUUUCAUUGCAUUGAACUUGUUCCUACAGUCGUUCCUGAGUCCCAAGAGGAAACCGCCACGCCUGCCGUCAGUGCGAGGGGAGUCCUGCGGGUCAAACAGGGGGAGGGCUAGCUCAGUGGUUUGAGCAUUAGCCUGCUAAACCCAGGGCUGUGAGUUAAAUCCCUGAGGGGGCCAUUUAGGGAUCGGGGGGAGUUGGGGCUUGGCCCUGCUUUGAGCAGGGGGUUGGACUAGAUACCUCCUGAGGUCCCUUCCAACCCUGAGAUUCUGUGAUUCUCUGAAACCCUGCCCAGGGCUCCGAGGACAUUGGCUAAUGGCUGUAGCUCUCAAGUGACAUUGCUUGCAGAGACUCAUUUUAACGUGUAGAGAACAAAGGGGAAAUCAAGAAGGCAUGGGCCGGAGAGAUGGGGAGAAGGGCUAGAAUGGGGGAGGUGCCUCUCUAGAAUAGAUGUCCUUAUUCCCAACACGCUUUGCAGAAUAAACAGGGAGAGGCCUGAAUUCCCGGUUUGCAGAGAGGAGUCUAGUCUCAAUCGGUGUGAGAGCCGGUGCAGAACGUGGCUUCUAGGGGCAGGGGUGGAGCAACGAGGGUUGCCCAGGUCUGCUCCCUUUGCCCGUAGGAGAGUCAGUGACUCACAAUCCCUCCCCCCAGAGGAUGGGGUCAGAGGACAGAGUGGACAGAUGCUUCUAUGCAUUCACUUUGGAACCCACAGGAAUGUCACUCCCUUAUCCUUGUCACCUCCUGGGGCUUUGGAGCUGUUGGUUCAAGUCCUGCUUUGCUGACCCAGUUCUAAAGCUUUUUGCCUCCUGGAAGAUGUGACAGUGAGGGCCUGGUGGCCAAGCCGGAGAAGCCCGAUAUACCUCAUGUGAAUCUCCAGAGCCACCUGCUGUAUUACAUAUGCACCCAGGUUGCUUAUGGGGAGACCUCCUUAAGUUCUGUAUCUUUCAUUCCGUGCUUUGCACUAUGUUCACUUUUUGCAAACGGAAGCUCCCUUGUAGAGGUUUCUCUGCUGCAGGUUUCAAUGACAGGCUGACGUCUGCACUGCUGGCAGAGUCCUGAAAGGGUUACAAGGACGAACCAAGGCCCCGGAGUCCUUUGCUGCUGCUCUGCUUCCAUCCCAGCUCUUCGUCCUGGGGCCGGGAGAACAGCUGGGGUUUCCUCAGGCCGGAGCAGUACUGGAGUGUCUGAUAGGAGUGCAGGGUGAGAGUGUUUCGGUUACGCUAGCGGUGGGGGGCGUCUGGCUGCCCAUCGCCGCAGAGCUUUCGGUGCUGAUUCUGAAAGCUGGAGAUGCCUGGAACUGGCAUGGAGCGGUGGGGGGACAGAGCAGAGAAGGCAGAGGGCCAAGCGAAGCACAGGGAGAGCAUAGCCCUGGUCUCUGGAGGCAGCUUGUCUGAAACUCAGGCUGGCAGAAAACGUCUGCAAGUGAAGGUGGCCUCCGGAAAUGCCUUUAAAAGCCAAAAAAUCUCACUGCAGAGAUCGAUCAGCUGGGGGCAAAUGCCUAGAGAGAAUGAGGCCUCAUCCAAACCAUUUCCUCUAGAUGUGCAGCACAAGCCUGCUGGCAUACGCUCCAGUGCUCUGACGGGUAAUCGGCUUGGGGUUAUCUGCAGUGUUCAGCCCUGAGAGCGCAUAAAAUCAACUCCGUGAGCUUGGAUGGCCUUGCCCCUGUCUUCUCUGGGGAGUGACUGACCUGAAGGGCCAGGGCUUCAGAAGGGCGUGAGUGCAUUUUUGUGCGCACAUGCACGCGCGCACACACACACACACGUACGUUUCUGAAUCUGGCUGCAAAGGUUGUGUUUACCUUUACGAUUACUUGAACUAACAAUGUUUCUGCUCUUACGUUCCCCCACUCCCUGCCCCGCUGCCAUCUCCUCCACACACGUGGGGUGCGGGAGUAUUUCUUGUAAGCGUUUUAUUCAAUUGAAAGCGAGUUGUCUGGCGGGGUCCAAGCGUCUGGGGCGGGGCACAUUGGUUCACCUCCCUGUGGCUUUUGCCCUCUGGGUCAGACUGUCAAACAGCUUUAGUUAGACUUUACCACAGGUGGCUGGCUACCUUGGUCAUGUGCCCCCCGCCCCCUACCUACUGUUGCAGGGGGGUGUCACUGCAUGUGUUGAUGUUGCCACAUGCUCGUACUUUCACAACCUGUAUCCAGCACGCCAGGACUGUCACAAAUCAAUAUCCCUUUGGGACAAGAGCUUGUUGCAGGAUAAAAGUGGGUCACUGAUCUUCAAAAUGUAGUGGGGAGCCGGGGGAGCUGGGGUUGAAGGAGCCUUGGGUUUGAUAAUGUAAUAUAAAGUAUUUGGGGGAGAAAUGGACAAAACCCAGGCAAAAUGGCAACUGUCAUUGGAGUUAGGAUGUAAGGCUCUUGUGCAAUGUAUUUGUGAAUGUGUGUACACGUCUGUUAGACUAUCCAACGCUCUGCUGAGAAAUCAGUGUAGGAUUAUAUUUGAAAGAGAAAUCUAUAUAUUUUUUAAAUACAGAACUUAAAAGCUGUAACCACUUUUGU